GAGAGACAUUUGUUUUCUCUACGGCUGGUUGGUGUUUGGAGUAUUUCCCACCCAGACACGUGAUCACGUGACCCGUCAACUUUCACCCAGGAUGUCUACCUCCUGCUUCCUCUUAGCAACCGAGUGGCGGCGCUUGUUUCCCCAGCAACCGAGAGACGCCUCUGCUGCAGGGAACUAGCCCGAUAGCUGGUGCUUGAGAAGGAAAAUCCGGAUCCGUUUCUCUGUGAGGAAAUCACUUCAUUGACAGGUUUGUAAAAACUGCUGCGUCCCCACCUGCUACCUGUUUGGUCACCAACAACACUGUCAUUAGGAAAGAUGAACCGGAUGUACAACUCGAUGGAGCCGAGAGUGAUAGACGACGACAUGCUCAAGGUGGCUGUGGGGGAGCAGGGUCCACGGGAGGAAGCUGGGCAGCUGGCCAAGCAGGAAGGCAUCCUCUUCAAAGAUGUUAUGUCCCUGCAGCUGGACUUUCAAAACAUCCUCCACAUCGACAAUCUCUGGCAGUUUGAAAACUUGAGAAAGCUGCAACUGGACAACAACAUCAUCGAGAAGAUCGAGGGCCUGGAGAACCUCGUACACCUGGUCUGGCUGGAUCUGUCCUUCAACAACAUCGAGGCCAUUGAGGGGCUAGACACACUGGUGAAUCUAGAGGACCUAAGCUUGUUCAACAACCGGAUCUCCAAGAUUGACUCCCUGGAUGCUCUGGUCAAGCUGCAGGUGCUGUCUCUAGGCAACAACCAGAUUGACAACAUGAUGAACCUCAUUUACCUGCGGAAGUUCAAGUGCCUGCGGACACUCAACCUGUCUGGGAACCCUAUUGCCGAGGCAGAGGAUUACAAAAUGUUCAUCUAUGCCUACCUUCCUGAUCUUGUGUACCUGGACUUCCGGCGCAUUGAUGACCACGCGAAAAAGAUGGCGGAGAUGAAGCACCAGUACAGCAUUGAUGAGAUGAAGCACCGGGAAAACCAGAUGCAGAUCAAGCAGGAGGAAGAGCAGGCCCGGCGGAUGAAGCUGGAGGAACACAAGAUGGCAUUCGUUGAGCACCUGGAUGACUCCUACCUCUUCGACAGCAUGUACGCGGAGGAUGUGGAGGGCAACAAGCUGUCCUACCUGCCUGGUGUGGGAGAUCUCCUAGCGGCAUAUAAGGACAAAUUUGUCGUCAUCUGCGUGAACAUUUUUGAGUAUGGCCUGAGACAGCAGGAGAAGCGGAAAAUAGAGCUGGACACCUUCAAUGAGUGCAUCCAGGAGGCCAUCCAAGAAAACCAGGAGGAGGGCAGACUCAAGAUUGCCAAGUUCGAGGAGAAGCACUUCAUGAAUUUAAAUAGCAUCCGAGAAGAAUCUGAUCUGCUCAACAUUGAGAAGAAGAUAAUGGAGUGCAGUGAGGAUAUCACUGAGCUAUUCAACGUGCUCAUGACACUGGAGAUGCAGCUGGUAGAGCAGCUGGAGGAGACCAUAAACAUGUUUGAAAGGAACAUCAUUGACUUGGUGGGACUCUUUAUCGAAAAUGUCCAAGGCUUUAUGGCUCAGUGCCGGGACCUUGAAAAUCACCACCAUGAGAAACUCCUGGAAAUCGCCAUCAACACCCUGGAGAAGACUGCUAAGGGUGAGAUAGACGACGACCUCCCUGAGGAUGUGCGUGCGCUUUUUAUCGACAAAGACACAGUUGUUAAUGCUGUUGGGGCAUCGCAUGACAUCCACCUCCUGAAGAUUGACAAUCGAGAAGAUGAGCUGGUGACCAGGGUCAACUCUUGGUGUACACACUUAGUAGACAAAAUUCACAAGGAUGAGAUCAUGAGGAACCGCAGGCGAGUGAAAGAAAUCAAUCAAUACAUUGACCACAUGCAGAACGAGCUGGACAACCUGGAAUGCGUCGAUAUCGUAGAUUAGAUGCCAGGGGUCCUCUUCAAAACACGCGACAGCCCUACCUGAGGAGCGGGCUCAAUUCACCAGCCGUCUGGGGAGAGUUACUGGGAAUUCCUAACCCAAGUCUCUUCUUGACACUAUUCCUCCCCACCCGUGGAAAAAGUUCCAAAUACAGAGAAAAAUAAAGGAUUUAUGUCAC